GUAAGUUCCGCACACGAUGCGUGACGUCAUUUCAAUAACACAAACGGGAAAUGGAACGCCUCCGGUGAUGCGAGGAAGUACGUUUUUCGCGAAAACCGUUGGGAAAAGAGGGAAAAAUCUUACCUGUGGCACGGGCCGAAUCCCAAACGAUCAACGGUUGGUGCCUAAGUUUUGUCUUAAAAGUCUCCUAAGCAUGGAGGGUGUUAUCACUACCAUAAGCGGCUUAAAACGGCCGGCAGCUUCGCCAAGAGGUUCGCCUAGCAAGAGAACUAAUUUCGUCGGCAUUUCACCUAUGAAGGAAUUGACCAACGUUAAAACCCCGACGGACAGGCCUUUUCGCGUUUCCAUUGAGGGGAACAUUGGAGCCGGUAAAUCAACUUUGAUAAAGUAUUUCCAAGAGAUGGACGGUAUCGAGACCUAUGCUGAACCUUUGAAUUGGUGGAGGAACGUUGACGGCCACAACCUGCUCGAGUUAAUGUAUUCGGAUAUACACGAGUGGCUCAGGGUAUUCCAGAGCUAUGUUCAGUUUACUAGGCUUAGUGUGCAGACCACAAAACCUCAAAGCAGCGCGACGAGGGUGCAAAUGUUCGAGAGGUCGAUUCAGAACAACCGGUUCUGUUUCAUGGAACAAGCUUAUAGCAAUGGAUAUUUGCAUGGGGCAGAUUACUCUGUACUGGAUCAGUGGUAUAGAUGGAUAAGGGCUAACGUCGAUAUCAGUUUGGACUUGAUAGUUUACUUGAGAAGCACUCCGGAAGUGGUGUAUCAGAGAGUAAAGGCUAGGGGUCGGCCUGAAGAGGACGGUUUGUCUCUGGAGUACCUCAAACAGCUCCACGAUAGCCAUGAGCAAUGGUUGAUGACCGAUGACGAAAGAUUCAACACAAUUCCCGUGCUCGUGUUGGACGCGGAUCGCACUUUGGAAGAAAUCGUGGUGGAAUACAAAAAGAAUGAACACAAAAUUUUAGGAUAUGACAAAAAGGGCCUAAAGAAAAUUGAACAGGAAGAAAAAGAUAAAGUGAGAAGAAAAGUUUCUUUCUAAAAUUAGCACACCUACCUAGAUUAAGAAUCACUUUUGUACAAACCGAUGCAAUAUAAAUAUGUUACUAUAUAACCUACAGUAUGAUUUUGAGUUGUAUUUUUUACCUCUAACCCUAAAAAGUUACACGCAAUUAUACACUGG